AUGGAUGCUACUCUGCUCUGCAAUCUCAAAGGAGGUACCAGAGAGGUGACUCUGAGGCUUCGUUUGCUCCAUAUGCGGUUUGCCAAGAAUCCUUCUGGGACAAGGGGUAUGCUCAUUCAGAGCCUGGCUGAUGUCUCUAUUGGGUCUAAAUUUGAGCGUGUGCUGCGCGUGGGAGUUAUCUACGUUCUUAGGUCUUUCGGUCUCAGUGCCGCAAGGAAUCUCUAUCGUGCUUGCUCAUUUGAUCUGAUAAUAGAGCUGUCAGCAACAACUAUUUUCCAGGCCUGUUCUCUGCCUGCAGCUGAAUUUCCAACUGAUUCCUUUGAGGUUGUUCCUUAUAGUGAGCUGUCUAACCGUUCAGGGGACAAUCGUAUCCUUGCAGAUGUUGUCGGCCGUCUUCAUUCUAUUAGCGGGAUUGAUCAUCAGGUUACUAAUCACGGCUCGACUCCAAAACAAGUUUUGGUCCUUAAGAAUGCACAGGGCCAGAGGGUGUCAAUCACGCUUUGGAAUGAACUGACUGCAGUCCUUGAUCGACCUGCUUUGAUUCAGGCGGACUCCAUUGAGCCAGUGAUCAUUGGAGUUGGGGGGCUCAUGGUUGGUCGUUUGAUAGCCGGUGAAUAUUCCUGUUCGAGCUCCUCUGGAACCCGUAUAGUUGUUAGCCCGAGGAUACCAGAAGCUUACAGCCUCGCUGCUUUUUUUGGUGGAUCCAGAGUUCCUGUGGCUGAUUUACCGGUCAAGUUUACAACCCCGGGGGACGCUGUUGCUGAUGCUGAGCGGAGAACCAGGACCAUAGCUGAGCUUCUUGAUUUGCACUAUAGCGGUGCUUCUGUCGAUGAAAAGCAUCGUUGCGGUGGUAAAAACCGAUCGGUUGAUUCCCGGAGCCCGUGCUACAAGAUCCAAUUGACCCUACGUGAUGCCACUGACGAGGCCCCUUUCAUUAUUUUCGGGCCGUGUGGGAACAAUUUGGUUUGA